AGAGACGGGCUGACAGCGGGCGGAAGAGGAAGGAGGGGCCGGGCCGUGAGGUGGCAGCGGCCGCGGUGGAGCCGGCGCCUCGGCGGGACCUGGGGUCUGUUCCUCCUUCCCGCCCUCCCCCCGCCCCACGCCCUCGCCCUGCUCCGGUGACGGCGCUGCUCGCGGCGGUCACAUCCUCCCCCCUUCGCCCCGGGCCUGCUGCCGGGCCUCCCCCUGCGGCCCCGCGGAAGCCCCGGGCACGGGGUCCUGGCCCUCCUCUCAGUCCCCCGCCCUCGGCAGCUCCGUGACGCAGCCGGUUUUGUUUGUUUGGAGACUAACAGCUAACAGUCGCCUUGGGCCUUCUUUCCAGGACUGGGAUGGGUCCGUGAUCGCAGAGGGAGCGCCGCGGCCAGCCUGUACAGAACCCGCGAGGCCUCGAGCCGCUCCUCGGCCUCUCGGUUUGGCUUGGUUUGGUUUGGGAACCUGGGGCCCUGGUACGACGGGACAGCGAGGGGCUCUGACACCGCCCUCCGCAGUUACUGCUAAUUGCCUCCUGUCCUCCCGGAGAGGGAGGUGGCAGCACCGCCUCUGAGCAUCUGGGCUUGGGGAAGGAGGUGCUGCAAAAUGGCCCCGGCAGCCACCGUGCCCCUGUGAGAGCUGGGGGCUGGGGCUCGCUCUCUGCCCCCUCAUUUGGGUGGGCAGAGCUUCCGUGUGCCAUGCCAGUGGCUCUCGCCCCCUCCUGACUGGGCGGAGGGUCCCCAGGCUCUGGGGAAGGGUAGGGGGCAGCGCCUCGGGUGGCGCCCUGUUCUGAUGCAGCAGGUGCUUUCCCCUGACCCCUUCUGUAGCAGCUGCUGCUGGCUCGUGACUUGGUCUACAGAUGUGCGUGGGCCUUUUUGGGUUACGUUUGGCAGGAGUGAGUGUUGUUGCCUCCCUUUUCUACGGGAAGACAGGCCAUAAGCCGUUAGUGGGCGAAUUGGAGUCUAAUAUUUAUUACCGUCUGGACUGAGGGUUAGAUCUGGCACUUUGAUAACUGGAGAUCAGCCAGACAGGAUUGUGAAGACGGGACCGUCCAGCUUACUGGGGAUGCUGGGCCUGGAAGCAAACACGCCUUGUUCUGCUGCUGAGCUCAUGGACCCCAGGUUCCCUGGUUAAAACUGCAUGCCUACCACUGGCCUGGCACCCGUCAACCCACUGAGUGAUCCUUGAGGCUGUGCCCUCCGGAGCAUGCGCACAGCAGGGCCUACCACCAUGCGACUGAGCUCCCUGUUGGCUCUCCUGCGACCAGCGCUGCCCCUCAUCCUGGGGCUGUCUCUGGGAUGCAGCCUGAGCCUCUUGCGGGUUUCCUGGAUCCAGGGUGAGGGAGAAGAUCCCUGUGUAGAGGCUAUGGGGGAACCAGGAGGCCUGCAGAAUCCUGACUCAAGAAUUGGGCUUGACCAAAGUGAUGAAGAGUUCAAACCCCGGAUUGUUCCCUACUAUAGGGAUCCCAACAAGCCUUACAAGAAGGUGCUGAGGACUCGGUACAUCCAGACAGAGCUGGGCUCUCGGGAGCGGUUGCUGGUGGCUGUCCUGACUUCCCGGGCCACGCUGUCCACUUUGGCCGUGGCUGUGAACCGCACAGUGGCCCACCACUUCCCUCGGUUGCUCUACUUCACUGGGCAGCGGGGGGCCCGGGCUCCAGCAGGGAUGCAGGUGGUAUCUCAUGGGGACGAGCGACCGGCCUGGCUCAUGUCGGAGACCCUGCGCCAUCUCCACACACACUUUGGGGCCGACUACGACUGGUUCUUCAUCAUGCAGGAUGACACGUAUGUGCAGGCCCCCCGCCUGGCAGCCCUUGCUGGCCACCUCAGCAUCAACCAAGACCUGUAUUUGGGCCGGGCGGAGGAGUUCAUUGGCGCCGGCGAGCAGGCCCGGUACUGCCAUGGGGGCUUUGGCUACCUGUUGUCUCGGAGUCUCCUGCUUCGAUUGCGGCCACAUCUGGAUGGCUGCCGAGGGGACAUUCUCAGUGCCCGUCCUGAUGAGUGGCUUGGCCGCUGCCUCAUCGACUCUCUGGGUAUCGGCUGUGUCUCACAGCACCAGGGGCAGCAGUAUCGCUCAUUUGAACUGGCCAAAAAUAGAGACCCGGAGAAGGAGGGGAGCUCGGCUUUCCUGAGUGCCUUUGCAGUGCACCCUGUAUCGGAGGGGACCCUCAUGUACCGGCUCCACAAGCGCUUCAGCACUCUGGAGCUGGAGCAGACAUACAGCGAAAUAGAGCAACUGCAGGCUCAGAUCCGGAACCUGACCGUGCUGACCCCCGAGGGGGAGGCAGGGCUGAGCUGGCCUGUGGGGCUCCCGGCCCCGUUCACACCACGCUCUCGAUUUGAGGUGCUGGGCUGGGACUACUUCACAGAACAGCACACCUUCUCCUGUGCAGAUGGGGCGCCCAAGUGCCCACUGCAAGGAGCUAGCCGGGCGGACGUGGGCGAUGCUGUGGAGACGGCUCUGGAGCAGCUGAAUCGGCGCUAUCAGCCCCGGCUGCGAUUCCAGAAGCAGCGGCUGCUCAAUGGCUACCGGCGCUUCGACCCAGCGCGGGGCAUGGAGUACACCCUGGACCUACUGCUGGAAGCUGUGACGCAGCGUGGGCACCGGCGGGCUCUGGCCCGCAGGGUCAGCCUGCUUCGGCCGCUGAGUCGAGUGGAAAUCCUGCCUAUGCCCUAUGUCACGGAGGCCACCCGUGUGCAGCUGGUGCUGCCGCUCCUGGUGGCGGAAGCUGCUUUGGCCCCUGCUUUCCUCGAGGCCUUUGCGGCCAGCGUUCUGGAGCCACGAGAGCACGUGUUGCUCACCCUCCUGCUGGUCUAUGGGCCACAGGAAGGUGGCCGAGGGGCCCUGGACCCGUUUCUCGGGGUGAAGGCUGCAGUGGCCGAGUUGGAGCGACGGUACCCUGGGACGAGGCUGGCCUGGCUCGCAGUGCGGGCGGAGGCCCCUUCCCAGGUACGGCUCAUGGACGUGGUGUCCAAGAAGCACCCGGUGGACACGCUUUUCUUCCUCACCACUGUGUGGACCCGGCCUGGACCAGAGGUGCUCAACCGCUGCCGCAUGAAUGCCAUCUCUGGCUGGCAGGCCUUCUUCCCCGUCCAUUUCCAGGAGUUCCACCCCGCUCUGGCACCACAGAAGUCUCCCCCGGGGGCUGGCCCUGACCCCCCAUCCCCUCCUGGUGCUGACCCUGCCCGGGGGGGUCCUGGAGGAGGCCGGUUUGACCGCCAGGCUUCCGCGGAGGGCUGCUUCUACAAUGCCGACUACCUGGCUGCCCGCGCACGGCUGGCUGCUGAACUGGCAGGCCAGGAAGAGGAGGAAGCCCUGGAGGGGCUGGAGGUGAUGGAUGUGUUCCUCCGGUUCUCAGGGCUCCACCUCUUCCGAGCCGUGGAGCCAGGGCUGGUGCAGAAGUUCUCCCUGCGGGACUGCAGCCCUCGGCUCAGUGAGGAACUCUAUCACCGCUGCCGCCUAAGCAACCUGGAGGGGCUGGCUGGCCGGGCCCAGCUGGCCAUGGCCCUGUUCGAGCAGGAGCAGGGCAACAGCACCUAGCCUCGGGCUGCCAGGUGGUUCCCCUUUCUGCCUCAGCCCCAGGAGGGCAAGGCAAGAUGGAUGGAGAGCUUGUGGCUGUAUUUUUUUUAAAAUAAGAAAAUGUGAUUAAAAAGUGUCUUCUGCCAAA